CAUUUUCGCAGUUGACCAGAAAAAGAGUUUCAAAUUAUUCAGUAUUCUGUUGAAUAAAUAAAAACAAAAAGUUAAAAACAAUGGUUUGCAAAGGUUGCGGAGCUAACUGCAAGUGCACGGACACCAAGUGCGGCGACAACUGUGCCUGCAGCAAGGACUGCAGCUGCGUUUGCAAGAAGGGACCCAAGGACCAGUGCUGCAAGACCAAGUAGAUAGAUAGUCAAUCGAUCAAAUGAAAACCAAUAAAUAAGCCCGGUCUCUAAACCACAAACGUAAAAACA